AUGGACAAGUGGUGUGCUCUCCUUCCUUGUCAUUGGAGCAGGGACACGGUUCUCUUGCACUGGAGAAAGUUGUUGAGUGGUCUUGUGGCUGUCGUCAGUAUUGCCAUAAUUGGAACCAUGUGUUUCUGCACUGCGCCAUACAAGCGAGAAGCUUCAGCACCUUGCGAUGCUGCGAGCAGUGUGUCCCACGAGGUCCCAGACACAUGUCCUUGGCAGUUGGUCAUGUCUGACCUGGCUCACAGGCUUCGUUUGCUGGAAAUGGCUUUCAAAGAGCAAGUCGUUGCAAGAGAGGUAAUAGCGGCCGAGGUGACCAACCAGUCCUAUUCUAACCUGGAGCUGGAGCGGAAGCUGGACGACCUAAUGUCCGCUAUCAAACAGCUGUCCCACAGACUGGACAAAGUCAAGGAGCAGAUAUCUGAGGUCUCAUCCAGGCUCUAUUCUGAUGAAUGCCUGGGUUUCCUGGUCCUAAUGUUUGUUCUGGUACAAAUUAUCCUGGCCUUGAGAACGAGGCUACGUGAUAAGCAAGGCCAAGGGGUCAAAGCUCACUCAACUCAAACCCACAAUGGUUCUACAAUGAAUGCUUUAAGGUCUUUCUGUAAUAAUAGCAUAAAUGGAAUAUCCUGGCCGUCCAAGCAAAAUGUAAGCUUCAAACAAGACGCGUGUCUGGUCACGUUCAGCAAGAGAACCAAGGAGCAUAUAUCAGCACAGACAGACUGUCUACUGGCAUACGUCACAGAUGGGAUCAAAUUCCCCAUCAAACAAACCUUUCUGAUUGAUUCCCAAGACGCGCUGAAAGAGUGUCCUCGAGCUAAAGUCUAUCUGGUGUUUGUUGAUUGCCAAGCUUUGAAUGUAAAUGAUGCUGCUGUGGUUAGGGACGCUGCUGAUGCUAAUGCUGGCUCCUGUGGUGGUGGUGGUGAUACUGGCAGUAACGAUGCAGAAUCAAGGAAGGAGCAUGAACAGGAUUUUGAUUUCCAGAUGACGUCAUUAAGACUCCUUCAUUUAUCUGGUGCUCACGUAAUCCUGGUGCUGAUGAAUGAAUACGGUUCACAACAACUUGCUGACCAUGCCCUAUACAACCCCAACUUACCUCUCUUCCAGUCCUACGAUAUUCUACAAGAACUGGCCUCCAGUGGUCACGUACUCAGCAUAUGGAAGGAUUUCAGCCCACAUCAGCUCAGCUAUGUCAAAAAGAUUGGCCGUGCAGGUUUCAAUAUUAAGGGGAAAUGA